CCCAUUUACGUAAACGUUGUACCGUGUUCGGUUUUUUCAAACGAUCCUACGCUCCGAUUAUCUCGUUGUACGUUACGCUCGGUAUCGUACCAAUGUUGUGUUUCAAUCGUCGUUUUUCCUCGGUCGAAUUAAAAUUGUAACGACCACGGCCACGGGACGACAGCCUCCGUGAGAAAAUCAUGAUACGAAACGAUAAUCGGAGAGGAUAUUCUCUGAGCGAUCCUAUAGCGUGUGUACGCAUAGAAAAUUGUAAAACUCGAAAAAGUGUCGUAUCGAUGAUCAGUUAAAAGAUGCUGAUCAAAUAAUAUAGAAAAAGUAAAGGAAAUUGAUUGAGCUGACGCAGCGAUUACUAAACGAACAGUACUACUAUGGGGGCACUUUUGGACACUCCGAAGACAGACAAAUAUAACGAACACGGAGCUGGCAAUGGAUUGCGUUACGGCGUCGCCAGCAUGCAGGGCUGGAGGAUGGAGAUGGAGGAUGCUCACAGGGCAAUAACCGGGUUGAAAGGCGGCCUCGAGGACUGGAGUUACUUCGCGGUGUUCGAUGGCCAUGCCGGGGCAUUGGUGUCGGCGCACAGCGCCGAGCACUUGUUGGAAUGUAUAAUGCAGACGGAGGAGUUUAAGGCGGAAGAUGUUACCAAAGGGAUUCACUCUGGCUUCCUUCGGCUGGAUGACGAGAUGAGAGAACUGCCGGAGAUGAGUUCUGGCACCGAGAAAUCUGGCUCGACGGCCGUCUGUGCAUUUAUAUCUCCCAGAAACAUAUACAUCGCUAACUGCGGCGAUUCGCGAGCCGUGUUGUGUCGAGCGGGAGAUCCGGUGUUCUCGACACGAGACCACAAGCCUGUCUUGCCCGCGGAAAAGGAGAGAAUCCAAAAUGCUGGCGGCAGUGUUAUGAUACAGAGAGUCAACGGGGCUCUGGCCGUGUCUCGCGCACUGGGAGAUUACGAGUACAAAAAUUUGAAAGAUCGAGGCCCGUGUGAACAGUUAGUGUCUCCAGAACCAGAAAUAUUUGUUCGAGAUAGAGACGAUGAAAACGACGAAUUUCUAGUUUUAGCGUGUGAUGGUAUUUGGGAUGUAAUGAACAACGAAGAUCUAUGUAAUUUUAUACAUUCAAGGUUGCUGCUUACAGAUGACUUAGAAGCAGUCACGAACCAGGUUAUAGACACCUGUCUGUACAAGGGUAGCAGAGAUAACAUGAGUAUAGUUUUGGUAACAUUUCCUGCUGCUCCGAAACCAAAUCCAGAAGCACAGAAGAAAGAAGCCGAGCUCGAAAUGGCCAUUGAGAGGAGAAUCAAAGAAAUAGUUGCCGAACAAGAGGACAAAAAUGAGUUUGAUUUUCUGAAGCUGUUGCAACUGCUCGUGGACCAAGAGUUUCCUAAUCUUCCUCCUGGUGGUGGGCUUUCGGCUAAGCAACCUUUCAUUGAACAAGUGUUUCGAGAAGUAUGUCCCAGCCGAGCGGACAGUGUAAGUCUUGGAUACGAUUUCCCUUCGAUAUAACUAACCUUUGACUUUUUUGUAUACUGCAUCAACUGUACAACUAUAAUCAUUAGACAUGUUCCAUAAUCAUAUAACGAUGCAGAUGCUAUCGGGAAUAUCUUGAUUUUAAAUUGAUCUCUUCCGAUGUAAAAAAAGGACUCGUUUCGAACUUGCAAAAGAAGUACACCGGUAUACGGUAUUACGAAACUAAAUCGUUUAUCGAAACUAAAUCUGUCGCCGAAACCGCGCGCAGAGAUGCACAGACGAUUCUUGCGGUGCGUUAUUGUUGGCAAAAAGAAAACGGAAAAGAAAUAAAUUAGAGUUUUAAACGGCUACACUUAAGGAUCGUAAACUGUUAUAUAUAUAUAUAUACACCCGAUCGAUCGAAACCGCGAGUACAUGAAAUCGUUUCACGAACUUAACGAAUUGUCUCCGACAUCGACUCGAUCAUUCGACUCGGUCAGACGCGACGGAGACGUGUAAAAAGUUUAUGAUCAUCAGUUCUACGACGUUUGAUAGCUAUUACUGCUAAAGGAAACGAACAUAUUUUCAUUGUCAGUCGUGUACUUGCAAUUAACGUACGUGAGUAACUGAUAGUAUAUGAGUAGGCAAAAGAAAGUUUGUUUUAUACCACCACUUUUUCCAAAACGAACAUUGCGAAUUGUAAGCAAAUUAAGGAACGUUGAUGAUUCACACGGAACAUUUGAACAGAAAGAGACGUCUCUUGAUAUAUAUAUAUAUACAUACAUAUAUUUCACUGCAUAACUUAAAGUAAACGCGAAGAUUGAACUGACAGUACAUCCUACAGCUGAUUCAAAUCAAUAUUGGUAUUGGUGGUGUUCUCAUAAUUAUCACUAUCUAUUGUUGGAUUUUAUAAAUUCAUCCAUGGAGUAAAAAAGAAAUGUUUAUAUUGCAGUUAUAAGCAGAGGAUUUAAAAGUAUUCUACCGAGACAAACGCGUUUGCAGAUAUACUUAUAUCCCGUGAAAAACUAGAUGACGUGAGAACUACUGAAUAAAUAUCGCUCGCUGCGUCGCGAUUCGUAACGCUGAACCGUAAUCUCGACACCGUUUCCUUUGACAAAUUUUUAUACGUUUCGUUGGAUCCAGAUUUUUCGACGAAAGGGAAAUAUAUUUUUUACCAGUUUGAUAAAAUUGUUUUCUCGUUUGAUACUGUACUAUACACGGAGAGGUUUUCGCGGAUCGUUUCACAAAUCUAGUUUUUCAUUCGAAUGAACACUUGGUAGAAUAUUUGGAUCACGUCCUCUUGCUAUGUUGAUAAAAAAAAAAAAGAAUGCAUAAUAUUACUAUAAACGAUUAUAUAUUUUUGUAGCUCUAGAGAACUUGCGCUCAGAACAAUUGAUUCUUAGGUCAGUUUUUCAUGCUCUUCCGUUGUGAACCUUUAAGUAAAUUUGACUAGAGCUGUUCAUUACACAUAUAUAUAUAUAUUUCGAGAGUGGUAUCAAAAAUCUUCUGUCACGCGCUAGAAGGAGAAGAGUAGAAAAACUGAUCGUUUAGUCUUAGAGAUAUCAAUACUAUGUAUGUACAUAAAAAAUUGUGUCCAGGAAACUGUGUAUCGAUAUUUUAUUCAGGUCAUUUUUUUUUUUCUUCAAAACGGGCAGUGAGAGAACGUAGUUAAGGAGGGCCUUGAUGUUAGUUUCUUAAGACCGGGAGAUCGUCGUAUACUCGUCACCCAUUUUCGACUCGUAACUUGUUCCGGGGGGGGGGGGGGGUAAAAUUUAUUGUCUCAUCGAUGAGUAUCGUCGCAUCGUCCUUUGUAAUUAAACAAAAGGUGACGUCGUUAAUAGAGAAUUAAAAAAUUGUAACUUUAUAACGAGAGAAACGAUCGUGCGAGAUCCUCGAGUAAAAAGGUGUCGGUCGGUCCGAUUCGUCGUUUAAACGUGACAGAGGACAAGUAAGUAUAGUACUUAAGACGCAUCGGCAGAAAGAGCACGUUAUCGAUUUUUGACGAUAUUAAAUAUAUUCGUAUACGGAUAUACUUAACCGGUUAAUUAAAGCGCGUACGUAUGCAUAUGUGUGAGGUAACGAUCAUGUCUUUAUUCUAUUUCUUGUCAUGUGAUUAAUGCUGCACCUUGAGAAAUUCUUCUUUAAUACGGAAACUAUGUGUCAAGGCCAUCCUGAAUCAUACAAAAUCUAGCGUACAUAUACCAAAGUAUAUAUAUAUUACCGUUCCUGGUUAAAAGAAAAUUAAUCCUGAAAUUAACUGAAGUUAACAGUCUAUUAUCGUUUUAAAGUAAUAUAUGAGAAAUAAAUAACACGAGUCCCUUACAUAGAGUUACGUCCUCUAUUUUUACUAAUAACGAGGUAUGGAGUGUAUAAAGGUAGUAAUAUAUUUUAUCGAUAUCGUAGAUCGUUUAAUAAUUCCCAGGUGUUGCUCAGAUAUAUUGAUUUAUACGUUUUUGGAGAAUAUUCUUUUUUUUUUCAUGGUGAAUCCAUGAUGUAUAGAUUACUGAACACGUACAAUUUGUUUUUCAGGCGUGAAAAAAGGUGAUUCACGCCGUUUAGCUGUUACAUACGCCGCUAAGAUACGUUUACGAACAUUUUCUUAUUGUCUCAAUACCUGUGUACUUUUAAUUAAAAGUUUAACUUGGUCGAUGGAAUCACAAGUUUAACACUAAUCUCGUAUAUUUGAACGCUAGUGAUAACAAAAAUUAAUAGUAAAUUAGAUCCCUCGUGGUAAUAGUGACAGCGGUCAAGUGAAAUAAAUCGAAAAUGCAUUUUUAAUAUGGGUCUCUACUAUGUACUUUUCUUUUACUCAUAGUCCUGUUCUGUAUUCCUCUCUGGGCAUAAUUCUUAUUAAUUUCGUAACGAUACACAGCGACACUCGCUUAUCCUAACUUUGUAUCAUCGUACUUAGCGUUCAUACAGAAUAGAACUAUCGGUUAACAGAAACGAUAGAAGAUAUAGUGCAUUUAAACAAGUAGUUGUUUGUUUUUGUUUUUCUUUUUGGGUUUGUACAUAGGUACUUAUUAUAUCUUUUUAUUUUUUGUGUUUUUUCAACAAAUUUUCGUGGAAUGCGCUUGCAUAAUAAUUUCACAAUUACUUGGUAACGAUUAACGAUGUUUGCUUGGGUGAAACACUGUUCGUUUACGCGACGUGACGAACAAGCGAAAAGACACACGUACAAGUUUCUUUUAAAUGCGUGUACCUGAAUUGUGUUAUUAUUUAAACGAUUGUGUAAACUCGUUUGGUUUUGCUUACCGAUACUUAAAAUCUCGAUGCUUGUCUUACUACUACGUCUGUUCUUUUUAUCUUAGAUUGAUAGAUUAAAAUUGAAAAGAAAAAUAGAAGAGAUUUUUCUCGAACCAAGUGUCACGAAGCCGAUUCUCUUUUUAUUGUUAUGUGCAUAAUCCUGUUCCGUUUUCGUUCUGCAGAUUACGUUGCAUCAAUACUCGAUCCCAUUCCUGCAAUCCAAGUUGAACUACCCGAUUCCCGAUCUCAAUAACAACUGUUAGUAUCUUCACACGUUCGAUGCGCAUAAUUUAUUUCGCGAAACGAAACGACACGGUUCACAGGAAACGCAACAACACGCUUACCGUAAUCUCUCGGUAAUUAAUUUGUCAAUGAUGCUUGUGUAAAUCGAAUGGUACACCCGAAAAUAUAUUACUGAAAAUUAUAUUUAUAUAUAUAUAUGUAUAUAUAUAUAAUUUUUCUUUUC